ACUGUUGAAGGCAGGGAGCGGCAGAGCAUUGGACCCCGGGGCUUCAAGAUGCUGAGGACCAAGGAAGCAGGCAUCGACGGCGGGACGGAGGCUGCUGCCGGGCAUCCGGAACCUGUGAACCGGCUUCCCAGAAGGGAGGACACGCAUCCUGGCCGCGCAGGGUGGAGUGUGUCCGGCCUGGUGAGCUGGAGGCAGAGUCCGUGCAGGACUUCAGCCGCGUUUACUGCAGCCAACGCGGCGGUCUGGUUCGUGGCCUUCAGCUCUUUUAGAACCUUUAGCCUUAUGGCCAUCCUGCUGGCUUUGCCGGUCGUCACGGUAACAGCCAGAGAUGCCGUUCAGUGUAGAUUCUUCGGGUUUCACUCUCAGCGCAGCAUGACAGCAAGUUGGGAGAUCAUCGACCCGGGCGAGGACAGUCGAACUGCGAGCGGACUGCAGUUCAGCGACUCCCUGAAGAUCUUCCUCCAGGAAACGUCGGCCUUUAAGCAGCAAAACCCAGGAAAGUUCUGUUUGCUGGUUUGCAGUCUGUGCACCUUCUUUGCUGUCUUAGGACGCUACAUUCCAGGGAUUGUUAUCUCGUACAUUCUAGUGCUGGGUGUCUUCCUGUGGCCCCUGGUUUCGUCUCAUGAUGUCAGUUUGUGGCUGGAGCCAGUUCUGCAGAAGCUGGACUUCGGCAUUGGAGACAUUUUCCAAAAAAUCAAGGAAGAUCGGAUGAAGAGACUCAUUCAGGCUCAGACUGAGAAAGACGGCGUUGAGUCGGACCUCUCCCUCAUGUUCCCCAAGCUCGACUCCACAGUUUGUAAGGAAAUGUGCGUCUCAGACACGGAGGUGUCCGACGUGACGUGGACGGACAACGGUACCUUUACCUUGUCAGAGGGACACACGCCGCAGACGGAGAACUCAGAGGAUCUGGACAAAGAAGAAGCCUUCACCGGCGGCCUCGCUGAUUUCCCCUCACUCGAUAAUGGCACCACCACAAAUGGAGACGACGAUGACCUCAGCCUCAGCCUUCCAUGUGCUCCACCUCAACAGCCGUCAAAGCGUGCACUUUUUUCUGGCAUGGAUCAACACGCAGACAAAACCCUGGAGUUGGUCAACCAGAUGGCAGAAGAUGUUCUGACAGCUGCAGUCACAGCUGCCAUCCAGGAGAGAAUAGAAGCUGCCGUCUGUGCCUUCACCGGAGACCCUGAACCAUCCAGACUCCCACAGUCAGAGCGGCUGCUGGAGUUGAUGGAGGAGUCCGACAGCGAGGUGGAGGACUUUGAGUUGUUGGACCAGUCAGAGUUAGAGCAACUGGAAGGGGAGCUGGGGCUGGGAGAGGAGAAACUAAAGUCCACAGGGGAAACACAGAUGGAGUCUGAAAAGCCAGCAUCCUCUGGAUUCUUCUCCAAACUCCUCAGACGCCAUUGACAUGAAAAUGCAGGGGAAGGGGGUCACAGAGGACAUGCAGGAGUAAUGGGGGCAACAUGGUCACACUUGUUAGAAAAUCCAUUGUCUUUAUAUUAUCUGGUUUAUAAAAAGAAAACUUCAGAGGACUGGUUUCACAGAUGUAGUGUGUUUGUAGGCUGAGACGUCUGAUCACAGGUACUCAAGGCCAACCAAUCCACGUAGAGCGUUUAAAACCACACAGAAUAAGACUCUACUCACGUCUGAAAAACACAACAACCAAAAAGAAAUCUAUUAGAUCUUAUGCUAAAGGAAAUAUUGAAAAUUGCAAUAAAAAAAAUCGAAAUGCA